AUGCCGGCCCUACUGCUGCCAGAUACUGCUGCGCCGUUUGCGCCCCGCUCAUCACCAACAGUCGUUCUCAAUACAACAGUUGACCCGUGGUUAACCGCUACCUUGAAACGGAUCAACCGAAUCAAGCGACCACUCAACAGCGUUCCUCAGCACGUGAAAUGCUUGACGGAGACACUAUCGCAGGACUCAGCUAUAUGGAACCUGUGUAGUCUCAUGAUACCGCGCGCACCUGAAGCCGAGCUCGAGAAGCACGAUCACCCUCUCCUGGAUGCCCUCUUCCGGUACCAGCUGUUACACAUUCAAGCCUAUGUUGUUCACAUUGACCUGGUUAUGUCGAACGAAAUCGCAUACAAGCUUUCACCCGAGACAAUAAAGGAACUGAUCGAGUAUCACAAAGACAUCUACCUGAUCGACCAGAAGUCCUGUACUUGGCAUUGGACCGAGAAGGAAAGUCAGGUGAAGAGACUGCAUGAAGAGUUUGUGCAGACAGUGAACAAAUUUGUUUAUCGGACGGAUGCUAUCGCGCUGGAAGGCAUGGAGGAUGAUGGAGCUGGGGAGUUGCUCUGCGGGCGGAGCGAUGAGGUUAGAGGCCUUAUUUUGGGAUUCUUCCUGCCGCUGUUGCCUCCCCCACCACGAAUCGUGGACGUUGUGCGAGUCCCACCACCACUGCUGCCGAGCUCGCCUGGAGCUGCCAACUGGUGGUCCCCAACACCACCUCCGCCACCACCGUCCCUUCCACCACCACCACCCGUCGAGGCAUGGAGGGUGCUCCCAUCGAGCCCUGAUACGGAUAGUCCGCCAACAACGAAUACAGCACCAUACACAUCUAGUUGGGGGGCUAUGGGAAUGCCAGAGGUGCCAAGUAUGAACUCACCGGCUCAGCACCAUCAGCAGCAGUAUUCCUCUCAGCCGCCAUCGCAUCAACUCCCGCUGACGCAACUUCCUCUACCCAGUCUCGUAGCACAACAGUGCAGCACUGGCAGUGGAUUCGGGGGGUUCGGUUGGGACCGGUAUCAGGAGUAUGCAACUACCAUGUAGCCAUCACGGAGAGGCUUAGAUGGCGGGAUUAGUGGUGGUGGGCAGCAAGAGCAACGACAGCAGCAGCAGCAGGGGCAGCAGCAGGUGCAGGGCGACAUGACUGAGACUGGUUUUCACGAAUGGAGGGGAGGGGAGCGGCAUGGCAGGAAUUGGGAGUGA